UAUCGAAAACCGUGAUAUUUGAUUGGACGAUUCUCCCGUCCUUCCAAACCAGCUUCCCUUUUCUAGCACUCAUAUCGUCCUCAUCAUCAUCCUCAUUGCUUCUCCUCGGCUGUUUCCUGGCUCUCGGCCCAUGUUCAGCGUAGGAGGCGUCUCAGGAGAGCCCAGAAGAACUCAAGCAGUCCGACUCUGAGUUCAGUUUGGCUGAUCUGAGGGGGAGUGUGUACACAGUAGCAGACCUCUUCAACAUCUCCAACAGCCUCAUCCUGAUUCCCAAAGAAGCAAGAGCAGGAGCACCAGAAAAGGAGGGAAAUACAGAGAAUUAAAAAAAUGUCUGCGGUCAGUGCAGGUCCGCUAACAGAGGAACAGCUUGCAGCCAUCCAGGAUGAGCAAGUGCUGAACGACAUGCUGGACAAGGCUACAGAUUUCGAGGAAAGAAGAAUGAUCCGUGCCGCCAUGAGAGAACUGCUGAAGAAAAAGCGGGAGCAGAGGGACAGAGAGCGUGCGGCGCGGCAGGAAAACCUGCGCCAACAGGGUGUGUGUGCGGGACCGAAACUGGCCAACGGCCCUAGCAAUGUUCAGCAACACACACACAAAACAGCUCAAGUGAAGUCUCCAUGUCCAGCACCUGCAGGCUCACUCCCUAAAACAUCGGGAAGUGUGGCUGCUGGAGUCAGAGUACCCCGAGGCUCGGCGCUCGGCGGCCCAAACACCAAAGACGUGAAACAGAUGCUGCUGGACUGGUGCAAAGCCAAGACCGAACCAUACGAGGGUGUGAACAUACAUAACUUCUCGUCGAGUUGGGCCGACGGUCUUGCGUUCUGCGCUCUGGUGCACCGAUUUUUCCCUGAAGGGUUCGAAUACUGCACUCUGGACCCAUACGAUCGCAAAGCCAACUUUGAGAAAGCCUUCAGAACCGCAGAGACGUUGGGCGGCUGUCCUCGUCUGCUAGACGUCGAUGACUUGCUGCGGAUGCGGGAGCCGGAUUGGAAGUGUGUGUACACCUACGUCCAGGAGUUUUAUCGCUGUUUAGUGGAGAAAGGACUCGUCAAGACCAAACAGAAGACCCCGUAACCACAUGUACACACACAGCGCCAAAGGUCUGAGUUUUUAGGGAAGUGAUGUGGCCAGAUCCAGACCAGAGGGAAAGACACACACACACACACACACACACACACACACACACACGCUUACUCAGGAACAGAGACACGCCUCCUUCAGUCCUGCAACAUAAUGCAAGCACCAAAUAAACCAGUCCCCAUCCUGCAGAUGCUGUAAAAAUUGCAAAACCACAUAUGACCACUAGGUGGCAAACUUUAAUCUUUGACUUUUUAUACCACGUUGAAGUGAGAAAUGCACUGUCACUGGUUCCAACUCUGGUCAACCCACAUUUGAGUGUUUUCCCUGCUCUAACACACCCACUUCAACUCAAGACAGGCUGGUAAUCAGCUGAUUGGUUGGAUCGGGUGAGCUGGGAGCAGGAAAACUAAAAUGUGCAGGAAAGGUGCUUGUCCAGGACCAGGGUUGAGAUCCUGUACACUAUGUUGUAACUAACUAUCGUUGCCUUCAAAUCCUUCUCUGAAGUUUGUGUGUACGAGUUGGGAGGUCGUGAUUACGAUGCUGUGUGUGUUCAGAUGGUUUCGGUCUGAAAAAAAAAAAGGACGGCGUUUUCAAAAGAACACGUCUUUUUUUAUAUUAUUUCUUUUUGUAUCAUCAAGACCAAGAAGUUUAUUUUGCCUUUCAGAAUGAAGCGCUGAACAGUUGUAGUCACGUCAUUGCCAUGGCGUUGAAGUCCGCUCACCUCAUGCCAUAUUUCUGACAGGACUUGUAUAGGCAGUAUACAGUAUAUUGCGGUUCUGGUUUUUUUUGGUUUUUUUUCUUAAAUAAAGUAUUGCUGUUUGUCAC